AUGGAUUUCAUGGACAGGAACUAUGACCAAGAAGCCGGCUACCAAUUCAAUCUAGGAACUGCCUUGCUCCACGAGACUCGAUCCUCGUCAUGGUAUGCUGCCGGGCUCCUGGCUCGCAACGAGGGAAAUGAUGUACAAGAAGCAGUACCAAUAAUCAAUAACAUCAUCUCCGGUCAAUUUCAGAAUGCCGAGCAAUGGUAUGGUGACUACCAGACUUAUCCUGAACAACCAUAUCCUGGUACGGAGGCAUAUCCAGCGAAAAUCUACCACACCUGGGACCCAAAUUGGAGAGGCUUCAUUGGAACCGCCUUCAUUGUCAUUCUGGAGGAAUUCGAACAUCUGCUACCGGCCCAAAUUGAGGAGCAGAUGGUUGAGAGUCUGCAUUUGAACGCCAUUGGUGAUACUUAUCGGGUCGGUGGCAUCGACGAUGACAAUCUCUAUCCAGCCUACAGCAACGCGGCAAUUAUGCACGCUGUAGUGUCCAGCUGGGUUGGUCGACGUACGGGAGAUGCAAACCUGACCGCCGAAGGAGAGACUUGGGGUCGAGACAUCGUGGAGCUGUUUGAUCGCAAUGGCACACUUUCCGAGUUCAACGGACCGACCUACGCAGGAGUUAGUUUGUUUGCCUUGACCCUCUGUGCCAAGUACCUGCCGGACGAGGGUGCUGUGCUUGGAGCGAAUGGUGGUCGCAUGAUACGCCAAAUCUGGGACUUGACUGGAGAGCUGUACAAUGCCAAUUUGAAGAACAUCGCUCCUCCGUGGGACAGGAGUUACGGCUAUGACAUGAACCGCUACCUGUCGAUCACGGCAUUGUGGAUUUGGUCUCUGGUCGGUCUUGAUCAAGCCCCCUUGUAUAACAAGCCGUGGGCUGUCGCCCACGUGGACGAUGUCCAGAUUGGUCCGCUGAUUGCAAUCCUGGCAGACUACCACAAGCAAUUUGUAGAUGCGAAGGUCAUGAGAUCGCUUACCGAAUUCGCUGAGGAGCGCUUCGUGCACACCGCUGCCUUCUCACCGCCUUACGACAUCUCGCCCAGAAACAUAACCACUUGGUUAUCAGCUAACCUGACGAUCGGCGCUGAGAGUUUUGACGAAGAUGUUGUUGGCGGCCCGAGCAUCAACCCACAGCAGUUCUGUCCAGCGGUCGCGCAGUGGCUGCGCAAAGAUGGCACUGUCGGCUUCCUAAGUCUGUGGCCAGAAACCCAGGCCUUGCAGGUGGAAGUGUCAGAGCGUAGAUUGACCUUGUCGUAUCCUGAUGGUAACUCCACGAGCACGUUCGUGCUGCACGUCAGUCCAAAUGGCCUUGUUGGUCCCAAAAAUGUGCAAUCGUGGUCGGACAUCGCAGGUGUCCGGGUUCGGGCAUCUGGGACCAUCAACACGACACCUAGCGUCUCGUUCUGCGGUAUCAAUGGUGGUGACUGCGAUCCGGUCAACGACUUCGACCUCUGGAACUUUACCUAUUCGAUGCCGCCUGGUAGCAUAAGGACUCCCUAUCUCGUCCUAGACAUCGAGCUCGUGCAGCACCGACAGUCAUAG